CGUCCUUUCCUAUACACGUGUUUUUUUUUUGAUUUUUACUGUCAAGACAAAAUGAAUAAUGGCCACUAACAAUAACAUUUGUGAUGUAUGUCGGCAGACAUCAACUGUAACACACUGGUGUUUGGAAUGUGAGGAAGCUUUAUGUAGCUAUUGUAUUGAGCAUCACAAGGAACGGAAACUAACCAGGAAACACAAACCAAUACCCAUUUCGAAAUAUGAGUCUCUGCCUUCCUUUAUAACCGACAUUCACCGAUCAUGUGUCGAUCAUAACGAGAUAUACCAAUUGUACUGCAGUAAACAUGACAAAACUUUGUGUUAUUUGUGUAUAAUUGACCAUGGGAAAUGUGGUGUCAUCCCACUCGAAGAUGUAAAUAAAAAUAAAAUUCAACAUUUAGAAUUACGUAUGGGAGACAUUCUAAAAAACAUUGAAACAAUCAAGAAUGAAAAAGAUUCCAAUAUGUCCACCAUCCAGAAAUAUAUAGCCGAAGUAAAAACUGUUAGAAAAGAAAUAAACAAACUUUUAGAUAAACUAGAAAAAGAUAUUAACGAAAAGAAAAAUGAAUGUCGAGAGAAAAUCAAGAAGAUUACAUCGAAACUGAAUAAAAGAGAAACGGAAACAGUAAAAUGUCGGACCAUUGUCGAUAAUAUAAAACAAAAUGCCACUGACUUGCAGACUUUUGAAAUAUUAAAAGAUAUUGAAGAAAUAAUAACAGAAAAAGAACAAUACCUCCAAACGGGAAUCGACAACGUUGAAGUAGUUGUAGAUACUGGACUGCUCAAUAUCAUGAAUAUUGUACAUGAUUUAAAGACAAUAGGGACGUUUGAUAUUAAGACACAUAAACGAUUUGUCUCACAAGAACCAAGCACUAUAACAAACAAGUUAUUCUUCAAGUGUAAGAAAAUUGAUAAUAUUAAAUUAAGUCUGCGGAAGGAGAUCUCAAUACGUCAAAGUAAUAUCACCUGUAUCAGAGGUUGUUGCAUAUCUCCUAAUGGUCAAUUUUUUUUCACAGAUCGCUUUAAGUGUUGUGUAUAUCAGCUUAAUGCGGUGUUUGCUUUGAGGAAUACUUGGUUAAUUGAGCCUUCUUUGGGAUACGGAAUAGUAUGUCUUGAUGCACAAACGGUGGUUAUUUCAUCCGGGAUUCAUUGUUUUAAACCUGGCCUUGCCGUUUUAAACCUUCAACUACAGAAAAAGAAAACUUUUAUAGAACUUCCAGGUCGUACUUACGGCGUUACAAAAGAUGGCCAAUCAUUAUUUACCUGUGUUCAAAAUCAGGGUAUUUAUGAAAUAAAUUUGACAGAUUUUAAAACUACAAGAAUAAUAAGGUGCGACAUUACAUCAUCUUCCCAUAUAGCUGUAUAUGCCGACAAAAUAUACUAUACUGACAAUAACGAAGAUUGUGAUUUGUUGUGAUCGUAAGGGAUUACACAUUUGGACCUUUAAAGAUGUGUCUGUUCUUCAGAACCCACGGGGUAUAGCAGUGGAUGACGGCAAUGUGUUUGUAGUUGGUGAAAUGACAGACAACGUUAUAGCCAUAUCAAGUGAUGGAAACAGUUACAGGGAACUUCUCACCAAACACGAAGGUCUCUCUUCUUCGUCUGCCAUUUUCGUUGAUAGAAAGAAGAAAAACAUUCUAGUUGCUAAUACUGGAACAAAAGCGUUUCUUGACAAUUUUUCAUUUCAGUGAUUUAAAUCAAUGUUAAAAGAAACAUAAAUGAAUUAGAGUUGGUCCAUUUUUUACCCGCAAACAUAACCAAGAUGGCCACCAUGGCUAAUAAUAGAACAUAGGGGGGAAAUAUAAAUUUCGGCUUAUAUCUCAGAAACCAAAGCAUUAAUUUUAAGGAAAUUUUGCCGAUUCUGGUUAUUAUCUUGAAUAUGUUUAUAGAUAGAAACAAACUGUACAUCACUAAUGUUCAGCAAAGUAGGAUCUACGAAUAAGUCAACAUGACUAAAAUGGUUAGUUUACCCCUUAAGGAGGCUCGCGGGUAUAAGAUUUUCGGAAAAAAAUUUAACAUUAAUUUUUCAUUACAAGUUUUAUUUAUUACCGUGAGUAGUUGUUACUUUAUCAUUUGGCACAAAAAUCAUUCCAACAAAACAAUUCGUGUUGGCCCAGGUGACUUUUAAAAUGUUAAUAUCAUUGAAAAAGCUCCAAAGUAUCUCCCUUUAAAUCAAAAUUGCCAUUUUUUUACUCACCGGUGACCUAUAUUUUUUAUUGUUGUUUUCGAGUAAGCUGUGCAUAAACUAAAUAAUUGUAAAAUGUAAGCGAUUUCUGCAAUUUAGUUCUUUUUGUAUUUCGAUAUUACCGGUAUUUCUCCUAUUAGUUCAUCAGAAAAAAAGGACAUUACAUUUUAUUUAAAUAAACAAGGCCGUUAGUUUCUCGUUUGAAUUGUUUUACAUGGUCUUAUUGGGGCCUUUUAUAGGUGACUAUGCAGUAUGGGAGUUACUCAUUGUUGAAGGCCGUACGGUGACCUAUUAUAGUUGUUAAUGUCUGUGUCAUUUUGGUCCUUUGUGGAUAGUUGUCUCAUUGGCAAUCACACCACAUCUUCUUUUUAAUAUUAACAAAAAUGUAUGCUUUUUUCGAAGGCAGAUUGUGAGCGUAAAUGAACGGUGACCCCAUUUUUUUUAUAAAUCAAUGCAUGACCAAAAUUGUCAAUUGAUCACUUAAGGAGUUAUUGUCCUUUAUGGUCUUUUUUAACAAUUUUUAUAAAUUUUGGAUUUUUUUACAAAAGAUUUUCCUCUGUAACUUUUGCGUCAAGUUCAUGUAAGAUAGUUAUAAUUGUAAUCAGCAAACAUGUUCAGUAAAUCAAGG